GCGCCGGCGGGGCGUGUGACGUCAGGUGGUUUAAUCCGGAAACGGCGGUGACGGCCGAGGCGACAGAACCGAGGGGGCUGUCGUUGGUGGGCGCUCCAGGGCUCUGAACGAGAGGGUUAGCGUGACCCGGAAACGGAAGCGAGUCCCCAUCCCAACUCCGCCAGGUUUCACGCUAGCCCCAGGCUUACUGGUAGGCUCCUGCUGCCAUGGACCUGUUGUUUGGGCGGCGCAAGACGCCAGAGGAGCUGCUGCGGCAGAACCAGCGCGCCCUGAACCGGGCCAUGCGAGAGCUGGACCGUGAGCGACAGAAGCUCGAGACCCAGGAGAAGAAAAUCAUCGCGGACAUCAAAAAAAUGGCCAAGCAGGGCCAGAUGGACGCAGUCCGGAUCAUGGCGAAAGACCUGGUGCGCACCAGGCGGUACGUCCGCAAGUUUGUGUUGAUGCGGGCCAAUAUCCAGGCUGUGUCCCUCAAGAUCCAGACACUCAAGUCUAACAACUCAAUGGCACAAGCCAUGAAGGGCGUCACCAAAGCCAUGGGCACCAUGAACAGACAGCUGAAGUUGCCCCAGAUCCAGAAGAUCAUGAUGGAGUUUGAGCGGCAGGCAGAGAUCAUGGACAUGAAGGAGGAGAUGAUGAACGAUGCCAUCGAUGACGCCAUGGGGGACGAGGACGAUGAAGAGGAGAGUGAUGCUGUUGUAGCCCAGGUCCUGGACGAACUGGGGUUGAGCCUGACAGAUGAGCUGUCAAACCUCCCUUCCACCGGAGGCUCCCUCAGUGUGGCUGCCGGUGGAAAGAAAGCAGAGGCUACAGCCUCUGCCCUGGUGGACGCAGACGCAGACCUGGAGGAGAGGCUCAAGAACCUUCGAAGGGACUGACUGCCCCUGCUGCCCCAGGGAGCCAGUGGAUGGCCUAGCAUUUUCAUUGUACCUUCUGUAAUAAAAGAGGUUGGACACUA